CGCAGUCUCCAGACAGGCAAGGGAAGUCUCACUCACAGCUAGCUAGCUAGCAAGCUAACAUUGGUAUCUGUAGUUUUCUGAGUGAACGGUAUGGAUUCAUAUAAAUAAUCGUUUGAUUGAGGUAAGAAGGGAUUUGAUGAAUAAUUUAUGACAACAUAUACAUCUUACUAGCUGUUCUCAAACGAUGUUAAGUUGUACAUCGACAAGGAAGCACACAUUGGAAGAAAAGAGCUAGCUAGCUAGAUAGCCACAAUUUCGCUAUGCAUUACGAGUAGGUAGCAGCUUGCUGUUGUCAACAACGCUAACAUUUGCCAGCACUAGAGCGGCCGAUGUUUGAGUUGCACUUUAGGAACUGAGUUGCCUAGUACUAAAUAAAGAGUUGUUUAACCUUUGAAUAUGAACUUUUCUGUGACUGACAACAACGUAGGUUGGCUACCUAGUUAGCUAAAGACAGGUAGCUAGUUAGCAUCAGCUGUAGCUAGCUACCAACUCGGCUAACCACUAUUAGUCAUGUGUAAACAAUUACCUAUGGAUUGACUAUUACAUGCAGUGAACUGUUCUUACCCAUCAUAUGCUUUAUGGGGAUAUAUUGCAUGAAACUGACAGAUAUCAUGCUAAACUAGCUAGCUAUGUAUUCCUUUGGAAAUGUAGACAGCUAGCUAACAUUCCACACUACAGUACAGCAGUAGUCCAAUCAAUGCAUAUACAGUCAGGGCAGGCCCAAGUUGUAGUAUCCUGUUGCGCAUAGAGAACAAUCAGGUUACAGUCAGAGAAGGACAUGAAUCACGAUUAACUAGUUAGCUUGUGUUACAUUCAUUGUUUCUAUUAUAGUAGCCUAUUAUAGUAGCUAGCGUUAUAAAAUCACUUCAUGUGAAUGACUGAGUGAACACAUGUAGCUAAGAAUGCUUUGUUGACAGUUUAGGUUACUUGUUUUAGGCCUAGUUAACUUUUGUUGAUUGCUAUUGCAAUAGCUGGGAAUAAUUAUUUAUUUUGCAACCAUACAUUGAUGACUAAUCAUAUACUGUAUAUAAAUGGGUAAUAAGUGACAGUUAUCUAACCCUGUUUUAAAAGUCGACCAGAAGUGAGGGUUCUAAAUGCCAUACAUUCUUGACAACAGAAGCACCUUCUACACACUAACACUGUUGAAUGCGGGUCCAAGCCAGUGUCGAAUGCCUAAAACUGGUGUGUAUGUAUUGACUGUCCUUUUUGUUUUAUUCUGUGUGAAGACUAGCUACAUGCCUAUUUGGAUCUACUGUGCUUAUAUUUCUAUGCUUACUUAUUUGUGUGUGUGUCCGGACCCAGCCAUGUCUCAGGUGGAGAAGAAGGCGGGGCUUCUGAGAAGGACGUCCUCCUCUAAGAAACCCCUGAAGGAGAAAGUGGUGCUGAUGUAUGAUGAGAUCUUUGCGGUAAGAUGGAGGGAUGGAUAGAGAGGAAGAGGGAAUGAUGGAUAAAGAUAAGAAGAGAGGGAGGGUGGGAGGGAGGGAGGGAGAGAGAAGAGGGAAUGAUGGAUGAAGAUAAGAAGAGAGGAGAGAAGAAGAGAGAAAUUAAGCUAAUUAAUUGCACCCAAAUUGGCCAUUUUGAUUGAUAGGAUUCAGAUAAUAUUCAAUAAAUAUAGGACCCAACAUCCGAUUUGGACCAAACUUCUUCCUACCAAUGAGUAAGACAUAAUGAAUCCCCCCUCCCCAAAUGGUCAAAUGCCACCCACGGACCCUCCAUGCCAAUCUCACCCCAACAACCAGUAUACAGUAUCAGUUCUCUAUGUUUGACAAAUAGUAUGAAGCUGUGGCUUCUCCAUACUAUGUAUUCCCUGUGAAUCUGGUGAUGUUUUUUUCCCCUGUUCAGAGAAAUUAGUAAUUGAAGUCGCUUGCAUUAUUUACCAUAAAGUAGUGUGAAAGUACCAGGUUUUGACCACUAGAUGCCGCUGUUCCUGCUAUACCGCAACACUCUAUUAUCCAAUUUGCUGGUCUCUUGUGUUUUUUUUUGCAACUUUGUGUAGAAAACCAAUAGAUUUGGCUCAUUAUGGCAAUAGAUUUGUGGUCACGCUCACAAUUCAAGCCAGUCCUCCAUGAAAGCAAUUCAGUUUGUCCUAAUAACAACCUAUUGCUUCAACCCAACUCUCCUUGAAUAGUCCAACAAGUGGCCGCUCUCUGAGAUUCUCAUAUGAAGACUUUUCCUACAAGCCCAAAACUUUGAUGGAGAAAUGGGCUAGGGACUGAAAUGUUGUGACAACCCAAAUAAAAUAAUUAAUUGCAUGUUUUUUCUAUAAAAUGAUCUGGAAACAUCUCUAUAUGUAUCAAUAGGCAGCUGCUGCCUAUUGAAAUCACUGGCCACUUUAAGAAAUGGAACACUAGUCACUUGAAUAAUGUUUACAUAUCUUGCACUACUCAUCUCAUGUAUCGUAUAUGUAGCUGCUGCCUAUUGAAAUCACUGGCCACUUUAAGAAAUGGAACACUAGUCACUUUAAUAAUGUUUACAUAUCUUGCACUACUCAUCUCAUUAGUUCAUUCCGCUCUGUCAUUGCUUGUCCAUAUAUGUAUAUAUUCUUAAAUUCCAUUCCUUACUUAGAUUUGUGUGUAUUGGGUAUAUGUUGUGAAAUUGUUAGAUAUUACUUGUUAGAUAUUACUUCACUGUCGGAGCUAGAAGCACAAGCAUUUCGCUACACCCGCUAUAACAUCUGCUAAACACGUGUAUGUGACAAAUAUGAUUGGAUUUGAUUUGAUUUGUAUGGUGAUCAGUGACAUUUACCAUUAAACCCAACCCAAUAUCAUUACAAUUGCACAACAUUAUACAGUGUGUGCUUGGGACUUUUACCAUUGAAGACCAUUAGAGAACAUAACAUUGAAACCAUUAUAACUACUGUAGCCUAAUGGUUUGCUUGUUGACCAGGGAAUGGUCUAACAAUAAUUAAUCCAGACCUUUUUUGAAGGGAAUAAACCAAACACAAAGGGGCUGUUUCCUGGACAAAGAUUAAGCGUAAAAGAAGGAGAAAUUGAUUUGCUUUCAUGGAGGACUGGCUUGAAACCAUUUCGGAACAGUCUGAGAUGGUGGGUGUCAUGGCUUGCUGAAAUGACAUGGAACGACUCUCAUGUCUCCUCUCCUCCCUCUUCAGAAAGACGAUCCAGCCAAGAACAACUCUCGCUUCUGGGAUGAACUCUUCCUCAUGAAGGUAAGAAAGAGACAGUUGUUUACAUUUGUUUAUAAAAUGAAGUGUUUACAUUUGUUUACAAAGCUUUUGGCUGUCAUUUGCCUUCCAAAAAGGGAAAUGCUCUCUAACCAUAACCUCAACGCACCCCGCUCCUCUUUCACUCCUCUCUCCCAUUCCCCACCCUCCCUCUCUCUGGACACUCCCCCCUCUCUCCAUACGCCUACCGCUUCCUCCCUCUCGUCUCAACCGUCCCGUCCUACCCCUCUCUCUUCUCUCUCUCCCAACCCUCCCUCUUCUCCCCCAACGCUCUCCAAACCCUCCCUUUGCCAUCCACCCUAAGAGAGACCAACCAACCCCUUCCCUCUUCAUCCCACCGUCUUUCCAACCCUGCCCUCUUCCUACCUCCCUCGCUCUCUCCAAAUCCUCCGUCUUCCACCCACCCUUCCUCUACCCCCCCCCCCAGGUGAAUCUGGAGUACCUGGAGGCCAAGCUAGAGUCUCUGGAUGGAGAUGAGGUGAUGAAGAUUAAAGACAACAUCAACAGUCUGUUCCACCACUGUGUUCAGGCCCUGGCAGAGGAGCACCAGAUCAAAGUGGUCAACGCCCUACAGGUGUGUGUGUGUUUGUGUGUUCAGACCCUGGCAGAGGAGCACCAGAUCAAAGGUGUCAGGGCAUGGACUCUACAAGGUGUCAGGGCAUGGACUCUACAAGGUGUCAGGGCAUGGACUCUACAAGGUGUCAGGGCAUGGACUCUACAAGGUGUCAGGGCAUGGACUCUACAAGGUGUCAGGGCAUGGACUCUACAAGGUGUCAGGGCAUGGACUCUACAAGGUGUCAGGGCAUGGACUCUACAAGGUGUCAGGGCAUGGACUCUACAAGGUGUCAGGGCAUGGACUCUACAAGGUGUCAGGGCAUGGACUCUACAAGGUGUCAGGGCAUGGACUCUACAAGGUGUCAGGGCAUGGACUCUACAAGGUGUCAGGGAAUGGACUCUACAAGGUGUCAGGGAAUGGACUCUACAAGGUGUCGAAAGCAUUCCACAGGGAUGCUGGCCCAUGUUGACUCCAAUACUUCCCACAGUUGUGUCAAGUUGGCUGGAUGUCCUUUGGGUGGUGGACCAUUCUUGAUACACACGGGAAACUGUUGAGCGUGGAAAAAUCCAGCAGCGUUGCAGUUCUUGAGACAAACCGCUGCGCUUGGCACCUACUACUAUUAUACCCCGUUCGAAGGCACUUCAAUCUUUUGUCUUGUCCAUUCACCCUCUGAAUGGCACACAUACACAAUCCAUGUCUCAAUUGUCCCAAGGCUUAAACAUCCUUCUUUGACCUGUCUCCUCCCCUUCAUCUACACUGAUUGAAGUGGAUUUAACAAGUGACAUCAACAAGGGAUCACAGCUUUCACCUGGAUUCACCUGGUCAGUCUAUGCAGGUGUUCCUCAUGUUUUGUACACUCAGUGUAAAUCGCAUCAGGUGUGUGGAUUAAGAUGGAACAAAACCUUGCACAUCCUGUGGUUCCUCCAUGACCAGGGUUGAAGAACACAGCUCUAGAGACAUAGAACUGCUAUGGUACUGACGUGGCUAUAGACAGGAUGUAUGGGUCCGGACAUGGAACGGCUAUGGUACUGACGUGGCUAUAGACAGGAUGUAUGGGUCCGGACAUGGAACGGCUAUGGUACUGACGUGGCUAUAGACAGGAUGUAUGGGUCCGGACAUGGAACGGCUAUGGUACUGACGUGGCUAUAGACAGGAUGUAUGGGUGUGGACCAUAGAGAUAGAUAGAGGUUUCAUCUUUGGAUCUGUGUGACUAUAGCGUCUGUGACAGUUACUUUAAAAUGGUGGAAGCCCUCAAUGGCGUUGCCCAUGCUGAAACGGCCUUUUGGCCACUAGAGGCCUCCUAUUAUAAUCUAUGGUCUGGACGUAGAACUUGAAACCUGUAGUGUUUGACCUUUAACCCACAUUGUCAUAAAGGUGUAUCUGUCCUCCUCCAGACUCUGUGUGCCUUGUUCCGUGGGGUUCACCAGAAGAACAAGUCAGCCUCGGGCUUCGACAUCAUCAACAUGCUCAUGGGCUUCGACAAGGCUGAGCUCCGCAUGAAGGUGUGUGUCCUAUAGGAUUUCAUGAAGAGUUUGGAAAGCUUGCUGUGUGUGUGUGUCCUAAGAGAGAAGAUUGGAGAGCUUUGUGUUCAUGUAGCAACACUUCCUCCGUUUUGAAAGCUUAUUUUCCCUGUCUGACCCUACUGAACAUGACCUGUGUGUCUCCCACAGGACCUGAUGGAGAGUUUAGACAGCCUGCUGUGUGGGGAGGGUUCAGAAAGUCUCAAGGCCCUGUGUCUCAAACUACUGCUGUGUUUAGUGACGGUAGGAUAUACACACCCACACAUACUCACUCACACCACACACACACACUCAUUCACUCACUCACACGCUCUCUCUCACUAAAUCGUUUUUUUGUGUUGCAGGUAACAGACAACAUCAGUCAGAACACCAUCCUAGAGUAUGUCAUGAUCAACAGCAUCUUUGAGGCCAUUCUUCAGGUAAGAGUGUUAGUGAAGACUAGUGAUGUAAGUAAUGUUAGGUUAUUUAGCUGUUAAUAUGUGAUCCUAGUAGAUUGAUGACCGUGCCAAUCUCUCUCUCUCUCUCUCUCUCUCUCUCUCCUCUCUCUUCUCUCUCGCCAUCCUCCGUCCUCUCCCUCUCUCCCUCUCUCCUCCUCUCUCUCUGUCUCUCUCUCUCUUCUCUCCUCUCUCUCUCUUCUCUCUCUCUUCUCUUCUCCUCUCUCCUCUGCCUAGUCCUUCCUCCUUCCCUCCUUCUGCUGUUGUCUCCUAUCGACUGUGCCACUACAGGCAAUAUCGGUUUGAUGCUGUUUCUCUCUCUCUGCUGUCACUAGGAUCAGUGAGCACUGUUUUCUCUGUGAGAUACUCUCUAACUCCUUCUUUGUUGUUAGUCUGUGAAUCCCUACAUUGUGAAGCUCUCCAUAGUGGACGAUGAACCAACCCUAGAUGUGAGUAUUCAUUUACAUGCUUUAUUAUUUACAGUGCCUUGCAAAAGUAUUCGUCCCCCCCUCAAAAAAAACAUCCAUUUUAAUUCCAGGUUGUAAGGCAACAAAAUAGGAAUAAAUGCCAAGGGGGGUGAAUACUUUCACAAAGCCACUGUAUUCCUAUCAAUUACAAUAGCCUUUCUUAAAGUAUGGGUCAUGUUAAUGGUGGUCGCGACAUGUCAGAGGAAAAAAAACAACCUUUUGACAAAAUAGGUAGAAUUGCAGGAAGUUAGCUAUAAAACUGUGAUUUUAGUUUUUUACUCUGCUGCAUGGCAAAAUGAGCAGGAUUGUAUGAAAUGUGUAUAUAAUGUAUGAAAAAUGUAUGCACUCACUAACUGUAAGUCGCUCUGGAUAAGAGCGUCUGCUAAAUGACUAAAAUGUGAUAAUAUUAUAAUAGAUUUUACUCUACACCCCCAUGGCAUGAUGUGUAGAAUUGCAGAAUACUUGCUUUAAAACAGCAACAUUUUCUCAACAUCCCAUGGCAAAAUCUUUAGAAUUGCAGGAAAUGAAAUACAAUUUCUCUCCACCGUCAAGAGGGGGGCCACUAAAAUGUUUUGCCCGCAAGGUGGGGGGGGACUCCUAACCAAAUUUUACUGGAUGUUUUCAAGAGCUUGGUUCCCAGGAAAACACUGAAUUUGUAAUUUGGGUCCCAGGCUGAAAAGUUUAAGAAACCCUAAUUUAGACUUUAGAGAGUGUUUAUCAUUAACAUUAAAAUAACUAGUACUAGUAUACCCAUUCUGUUAUCAUGUUUUCAUCAAAAGUCUCAUACAAAAGGAUUCUUGUCUUUUUCAUAGGGAAUGGGUCUGGUGGUUGGCCAAGCCCUGACAGAAUAUAACAGGUAAGAUCUGGAAACAAACAUUACAAUCUUUUAACUGUCAACUAAAAAAAAGAAAAGUGAAAUGAUCUACUUUAGAAUUCACAUUUUCAUAUUUUUUUCUAUUUUUAUUCUACAAAUGCUACCUUCUUUUUACUGUAGUUGUAUGUCUCAGCUUGACAGCUUGCAUUCUAGUACUGUGUGUGUGAGCGUACGUGCAUGUGUGGCUUUGAUGUUAAUAUUCAGGGUGACAACACCAGGAAGACCUGUCUGUCUGCUUAGAAACAGGUUGACCUGUCUGUCUGCUUAGAAACAGGAAGACCUGUCUGUCUGUGUCUGUCUGUCUGCUUAGAAACAGGAAGACCUGUCUGUCGGCUUAGAAACAGGAAGACCUGUCUGUCUGUGUCUGUCUGUCUGCUUAGAAACAGGAAGACCUGUCUGUCUGUCCGUCUGCUUAGAAACAGGAAGACCUGUCUGUCUGCUUAGAAACAGAACACAUUAAAGUGACAGAUGAUAGCCUGCCAGUGUUGCGAUAUUUAAUGUUCAUACUUUCAUAUUCAUAUGCUGAUGUCCCCAGGGGGGAAGUUUUAUAUUCUGGUCUGGUUAUUGAAAGUGUUGAUGCUAAUUUUCUCUCUUUAUGUCUGUUUCUCCAGACAGUACAAAGACAAAGAGGAGGAGAACCAUGGAGGGUUCUUCUCUACUCUCACCAGUAUGGUAAGAACACAUCUGAUCCAACAUAUUGGGCCGCUUUCCCAGACACAGAUUAAGCUCAGUCUUGGACUAAAUAGCACGCUCAAUGGAAAUUCUCAAUUGAAAAAGGUUUUAGGCUUAAUCUGUGUCAGGGAAAGUGGCCCAAUAUGUUCUAUUUAAUUCUGUGUGACCCACCAACACACCUCAUCAACUAAUCUUUCUCGUCAUCGUUGUCAACUUCCUCUCAUUGUAAUUCCUGUCUUGUCCACAGGUGGGCAGUAUGUUCAUUGCAGAUGCGGAUGAGAAGCUCUCAGUACAGUAAGUACAUGCUUAGAGUAGAAAUUGCCCUUUGUCACAGAUCUAAUAGGUGAAAAACACAGACCUGACUGUAGUUCAGUGUCUAUGGGACAACUUCAUCCAAGCAGAGCCUCUUUGGCCCCUUAUUCAGUGUGAUGUCACAAAUACAAUCUGGAACCAUCGUUCUAAUUGGCUGAUAUUGACCUUUGACCCCUCUCUGACCUCCCCCAGGACCAAUGAGGCGAUUCUGCUGGCGCUGUACGAGGCCGUGCACCUCAACCGCAACUUCAUCACUGUUCUCGCUCAGGUGACUUCGACUAAUGUUGCUAGAAACAAAACCUCUUCUUCUUCUUUUUCUUUAUUUUCCUCUUCUGUUCUCGCUCAGGUGAAGUUAAACUACUAUUUAUAGAAACAAAAUUAUUCUAUUAUGUUAUUUUUGUGGCUUUGAGGGAAAGAAGUUGAUUUCCUCCGUCCUCAACUUGUCCUCCUUUUCUCGGAGAGAGAAGGUGAGGGAGGGAGGUGGUGAGGGAGGGAGGGGCGGAGGGAGGACUCAGUUGUGAGAGGUAGGGACUCAAGUGUCACGGAGAGAGAGGAGGGAGGGAGGGAGGGGGUGAGGGAGGGGGGCGGAGAGAGGGGGAGGGAGGGAGGCGAAGAGAGAGGGUGAGGUAGGGAGGCGGUGAGUGGGAGGAGAGAGGAGCUCAGUAGUAGUAGCUAGAGGAGCCUGGAGACAAGAGAGAACCAGACUGUGAGUCGUAGGCAUUAUCGAAGAGAGCUUGAGAUAUGAGGUGUAAGUGCGAUGGUAGGAGAGAUGAGGGUUGGGAGCGGGAGGCGAUGUAGGGGGGAGAGUGGAGAUGGGGAGUUGUAGGAGGAACUCUGUUCUGCGGAGUCGCUGAUAGAGGGAGAUUUUCUGAGUGUGGGGGGAGGGGAGGCGGCAGCAAGAGAGGCGGGACGUGAGGUGAGGUACUAGGGGGCGGUGAGGCGGGAGGUAGGAGAGAGUGGUGGGUAGGGCUUGCAAGAGUGAAAUUGAGGGGUGGAGGUGAGUGAGAGGGGAUGGAGAGGAGAAGGGGAUGCGUGGAGGGGGAGGGAGAGAGGGUGAGGUAGGCGUGGAGGGAGUAGGUAGAGGGCUUGAGGGUAGGGAGGGUUGAUGGAGGAGGGAGGGGGAUGAGGAGGGAAGAGAGUGGUGAGGGAGGGAGGUGGAGAGAGAGAGGGGGUGAGGGAGGGAUAUAAAGGAGGAGGGCAUUCAUUCUUUUUCUAAAUUCAGUGUUUUUGUUCAAUCUGGCGCUGGCAUCUCUGAUGUCUGAUAGUGUUGUAUAGAAUGAGCUGACGCUGAUUGAAAGAGGAGGAGAGGAGAAGAAAUAGGGGGACUUUUCUUUGUUCUGGUUUCAUCUGCUCAGCUCUCCUUGAAAGUCAUGUUCUCUCUCCCUCUAAUCCCUCUAUCUCUCCGUCUGCCUCCUCUACCUCUCUCUCCCCUCCUCACUCAUUUGCUCUGUCACCUGUCAAUCAACAGAGUCACCCAGAGAUUGACAUCCCGACCACACCCAUCACCCCUGUUCUGACCACUCCCACGACGCCGCUCGGCACAACCCCGCCCUCUAUGGACAGUGAGUAACCUGAUUGGUCCAAUCUCUGGGGCCACCUUGCCCCUUGAAUGAAUGGAAUUUACAAAUGAAUUAUUGACUGAAUGAAUGAAUGACCAACUGAAUUAGUGAAUUAGUGAAUGAAUGAGUGAAUGAAAUGAAACCUUUAUUGAAUUAAAUGAAACCUUUAUUGAAUGAAAUGAAACCUUUAUUGAAUGAAAUGAAACCUUUAUUGAAUGAAACGAAAUCUUUAUUGAAUGAAAUGAAAUCUGUAUUGUCCUAGUAGUAGUAUUCACUAGUGUUUUAAUUUGACUUAGUUCAACAAAAUAGAGUUGUAUAUUUUUUCUCUUUUCUGUUACUGGGGUAAUUCUGGAAUAUGGAACGCUUGGUCAGUCAGCCAAGCCUCAAUCUCCCUUCACCCUUUAUCUCCCUUCCCCCUUAAAACCAGUGGAAAUAGGAGGAAACGUUUUAAGAAGCGGCUAAAACAUUCUGUGUAAAAAAAAAUACAAAAAUGUUUAUCGUCGGUGUUUUUGGCCAUCCAUUUUUGAUGACCCCUCCAUACACGUGCGCCACACACACACACACACACACACACACACACACACACACACACACACACACACAAUCUGAACCUGUUCAGUUCACAUGCAAUGUAACUGUUAAAACAUGCAUGGUGUGUGUGUGUGUUUUUCUUGCUAAAAGCCAUUUGCUGUAUGAAAUAUUAACGUAACUGGCUUCAAAUACAGAUUAAUCUUUCAGGUAGAGAAACCUGUCACGACACAUAUACACACACACACACACACACACACACACACACACACACACACACACACCCUGUUCCCCCUGUGGACCAUGUGCUUGGCUGGCUCAGGUUUAUGAUGUCAUAACCAGUCCUCUUGGAGCUGAUCCAGUCAGCCAGGAUUGGAGAGAGAGGGGGAUGAGGACAAAUAGAAAGGGAGGGAUCACUGUAUAACUUCUCUUCUUCUUGUCUCUGCCUACAGUAACAUUCAUAAUUAGGUCGAACUUUCAACAUUCCAGUAACGUUACUAUGAAGUUAAAUGAACGUUGUUGAACUUAAAUGUCCGUGUCUCUCUCCCUACCAGUGAUGGAUGUUGCAGUGGAGUUGUUGUGAGGUUGAGGUGUCUCUCCCUGUUUAAAGGACCAGUGCAGUAAAAAAAAAGUACUUUUCCUGUGUUUUAUAUUUCCAAACUAUGAGGUUGGAAUAAAACUGUGAAAUUGUGAAAAUAAAAGAUAAUGCCUGUUUAGUGUAAGAACUGUUUGAAAAGACUGGCUGAAAUGUCAGCCUAUUUUGGUGGGGUGGAGUUUUGGCCUUUCUGGUGACAUCACCAGGCUGUAAAUUAGUUAAUAGACCAAUACAAGAAUUCCAAACUUUUCUGCCAACAACAGCACAUUUUCAGUUUUCCCCUCUCAACUCAGACCACUUCCAGAGAAGUCCUAGCUAAAUUCUUGCUUGAUGCCAAGAAGCUAUUUUUGUUUCUUUUUGACCGUUUUAUUUGAAAACAGUCACAGUAAGGUACUUAACUGUUACCCAAAAAUGGCUGCGUUGGACCUUUUAAAUUGAUCUUUCAACAUUUCAACAUAACAUUAGUAUUAUGUUGAACUAACGUUGUGUGUCCUGUUUUCCAGUGAUGAACUCUUCAGAACUCCCCCUGGAUCCUAACCUCCAGAGCAGCAACCUGCUCAUCACCUUCCUCAAGUACUCCUCCAUCGUCAUGCAGGACACCAAAGGUUUAAAUACACGGCCAUCUCUUUUUAUAUCUCUCUUUCACACUACCUCUGUUUUUCUCUAUCACUUUGUAUCUCUCUGUCGUCAUGUAAGACGAUCUCUAUCUCUCUACCACUCUCUAUCUAUAUCAGGGGUGUCAAACUCAUUCCAUGGAGGGCCUAGUGUCUGCUGUUUUUUGGGUUUUUAGACCUAGACAACCAGGUGAGGGGAGUUCCUUACUAAUUACUGACCUUAAGUCAUCAAUCAGGUCCAAGGGAGGAGUGAAAACCCGCAGACACUCGGCCCUCCGUGGAAUGAGUUGGACACGUGAUCUAUAUCUAUCUAUACCCUCUAUCACUUCUUCAAAUACUCAUCCACAGUCAUGCAGGACCCUCUCUAUCUCUUUAUUCACUCUGUCUCUAUACUCUCUGUCAUGGCGUCUUCAUUCCUCUUUUGUUCUUGUUCACCACUUCCCCGUUUCUCUCUCUUCCCCAUUUCCAGUCCUCAUUCAGUCCUCAUUCAAAAUAAGCUGUCAAGUGUCACUCCUUCUCCCAUCUGCCUUCGCUACUUUUUCAUUGAGCUCUGUUCAAUAUAUCUCUCCCUACAAUGGUUAUCUCUAAGUCUCUCAUCAGAUCCUCAAUAAAGAAAGUUUUCUCUAGAGUCCUCUCGCUAUUUAGUCUAUCUCUCUCUAUCUCAGUCUCUCUCUACUCUAUUUCUCUAUCUUCAUCUGUCUCUCUGUCUCUCUCUCUGUAUGUCUGUCUCCUCUCCCGUCUGUCUAUCUUCUUUGUCUCUGUCGUCUCGCCGCUAUCUUCUGUCUCGCUAUCUCUAUUGUCUCUCUCUUCUAUGCUCUCUAUCUCUCUCAUCUACUAUCGUCUUAAUCUCUCUCCUAUCUCCUCUCUAUCUCUUAUCUCUCGCUCUCUCUCCUCUCGUAAUCGGUGUCUCUCUCUCUCUCUCUAUGUCUCUGUCUCUCUCUCCCUCUGUCUGUCUCUCUCUCUCUCUGUCUCUGUCGCUCUCGCUCUCUCGCUCACUCUGUCUCUGUCUCUCUCUCUCUCUCUCUCUCUGUCUUCUCCUUUCUCUCUCUCUCUCUCUCUCUCUCCUCUCUCUUCUCUCUCUCUCUCUCUCUCUCUCUCUCUCCAGAUGAACACAGACUCAACAGUGCCAGACUCUGUCUCAUCAUCUCACUGUAUAUACUAUAGUUUCUCACUCUGCGUGUCAUAUCUCUCUCUUUGAUUCUCUCUCUCUGUCACUUCUCUCUUAUCAUUCUCUCUCUCUCUCUUCUCUCUCUCUCUGUCUCAUUCGUAUAACCAUAUCUUCUGUUCUUUUCUCCAUCUGCUCUGCAACAUGAACUUCAGAGUCAAUCUACAUAGAAUGGUAAGAGGUGUUUUGGUGGUGGUGUAUUUCUGUGUUAGGUUUUUCUGUGUGGUGUGGUGUGUGUGUUUAGUGUGUGUUUCACCUCUGUUCUGUGUAUACAGCCCAUGAGACACAGGAAAAAGGCAGCAGAGAAGAACGUCCCGUCCAGACCUCUGGUGUGUGCUGUUCUAGGUACGUGGAACCAUUCAACAUGGUAUAUUCUAUAGUCAUUAAUGUAGCUGUAGAUCAAAACAUUCAUAUACAUUUUAAUGGACCGGUAAAAAAGAGUCUCUCUCUCUUCUUCUUCUCUCUCUCUCUCUAUCUCUCUCUAUCUCUCUCUCUAUCUCUGUAUCUCUUCUCUAUCUGCUUGUCUCUGUAUUCUCUAUCUAUUCUCUCUCUUGUCUCUCUCGUCUCCUCUUGUCUGUCUCUCUUAUCUCUGUUCUCUGUCAACUCUCUCUCUCGCUAUCCCCUGUAUCUGUUUCUCUCAUCUCUAUUAUCUGUAUCUCUCUAUCUUCUCUUCUCUCUCUUAUAUAUUUCUUCUUCUUUUUCUUCUGUCUUUCUUUCUCUUUAUCUUUUUUGUCUAUCUCUCUCUCCUAUCUCUCUCUGUCUUUUCUCUUCUCUCUAUCUCUUCUCUCUCUCUCUUGUGUCUCCUCUCUCUCUUCUCUCUCUGUCUCUCUCUCUUCUCUCUCUCUCUCUCUCUUUCUCUCGUCUCUCUCUCAUGCUCCCCUCUUCUCCUCUCUCUCUUCUCCUCUUAUCCCUCUCCUUCUCCGUCUCUGCUCUCGCUCUCUCGAUCUCUGGUCUUCUUCUUCCCUCCCCGACUGAUGUCUUUCUCGUAACUCAUAUGAUGAAGGACUUUCCUAUGGAUCUCUACAUGUAAGACGGCUAGCCUAUGUCUCCCAUGUUACAAUGACCCAAAUAUGUUACUGCUCUACCCAGAUGCAUACACUGAAGAUGUCUUUAAUGAUGAUACCUUUGUGUGUAUGUGUGGUGUUGUGUAUGUGUGGUGUGUAUGUGGUGUGUGUUUAUGUGUGUGUGGUGUGUGUUUAUGUGUGUGUGUGUGUGUGUGUGUCCACCAGGCGUUGCGUACAGGUGAUCCACAAGCUCAUCUGCUACCAGAAGAAAUGCAGAAUCAGGUUACAUUAUACCUGGAGAGAACUGUGGUCAGGUAGGAACAACACACACUUAAAACACACACUCAGAACACACACACUCACACACAGCUGUGGUCAGGUAGGAACACACACACCAGGGUUUCCUUCAGGAAAAUGUGGCGCCGGACAUUUGACCGGCAGCAUUUUAAUUUACAUUUACAUUUUAGUCAUUUAGCAGACGCUCUUAUCCAGAGCGGCUUACAGUUAGUGAGUGCAUACAUUUUUCAUACUGGCCCCCCGUGGGAAACGAACCCACAACCCUGGUGUUGCAAGCGCCAUGCUCUACCAACUGAGCUACAGGGGACCUGAAUUUACCGGAAUUUACCGGACAUUUGAGACAUUUAACUGGACCCAUAUGCAUUGGGUGUGUAACCUGAUUAGGGCAUCCAUCCACGGUGCUCAGAAUGACAGAAAUCAUAUUUAGAAUACGGUAAUUCAUAUCAACCCGAACAUGCAAGUCGAGGAUGCAAUGACGUGUCCUUCUUACCGAAUUCUGAUGUGCACUUUGAAGAUGUUAGAAUAACUGUCCACAUUUACUCAGCCAACAAGACAAGUAACAAACAGCAAAAUAACUAGCCUAUGUCAAUCUACUAUCCCCCAGAGUAGAAAAGUGAACUUAUUCCAUUGGCCAGCUUGUCGAGAAACAAAUAGCCUAUUCCAAACUGACUCUGGGACAGUUGUGGGAAGAUAGAUCCCAAAUUCACAACCAGUAGGACUAGGCUACAUAAUACAUGUUUUAAAAAGAAAUGAGUCUCAUGCAACAGAUCAGAACGUUUAGCUUAAAAUGUUGAUAAACUGUUAUUUCUUCACAUUUAUAAGUGGAGCACUGUGCACAAGGCAUUAGGCUGUGUGUGAAUGUUUGUUCCUUAAUACAAUUAGCGGGAAAACACUGUUGUCAAAGCGCACCGCACAUGAGAGCGGUUUCAUGUGACAGAGAUGAAAAUAUCCAUUUAGAAAGAGGGGAGAUCUAAUAUGCAGCAACUAGCAUGGGUUGCUAAUAUGACUGGGAUUGUGCCUUUGGCUACUGGACAAUGAAAGAAAGUUGAUAUAAAAUAAUUGCCUCCACGGAUAUGGCCUGAUUUCAGCUAGGCUACUUUGAAGCAAGGUAAGACACGCCUCAUAAUAUGUAGUGAAACGUUCCGGUUUCAAACAGUUAAGUAUAUGUUUUCAAAAGGCAUACUGCCUCCAGCUCAUUGCAUAGUGGUGUGUGACGCGCUGAUGAAGCCGGCCUUCCGUUGCCGAUGUUUUCUGUUUGAGAUGCUGUAGUAGCAGCUCUCACGCUGUCUGACAGGUUUUCAGCUCAAAGGAUCUGUGUCUGUAUGCUGUACUCUUGUGAUAAAUAAAAUGUAUUACGAAUAUACUGUACACACGUGCCAAUUUAAUUCCACUAAAUUAUGCAAAUUAAUCUUUAGACCAAUAAGAAUGACCGGUCAAAUGUAUUUCGAUCGACUGGUAUUUCCACCAAUCAAGAGGCUAAAAAACAUGAUUUCACAAUGGGAUUUUUUCUUCUUGUCCCGGACAAUUGGCCGGCGGCAAUUUUAUUUAUCGGUUGUUCUAUUUUUUUAUCGGCCAAAAGCCGGCUAUUACCGGCUAACGGAAACCCUGACACACACGCGUGCGCACUCACACACACACACUUAAAUCACACACACAUGAACACAUUCAGAACACACACACACUUAGAACACACACACUCACAUAGCAAUUGAUUGUCAGUGAUGAGCAGAGAACAAUACAUGAAUAAUGUAAAUCUUUGAUCUCACAUUGUCUCUGUUGCUGUGAUCAAAGCAGUGUAUGAAACAUGAAAAGAAACAGUUUGGGCCCUGCAGCUGUGUGUGUGUGUGUGUGUGUGGUGUGUGUGUGUGUGUGUGUGUGUGGGUGUGGGUGUGGGUGUGGGUGUGGGUGUGGGUGUGGUGUGUGUGUGUGUGUGUGUGUGUGUGUGUGUGUGUGUGUGUGUGUGUGUGUGUGUGUGUGUGUGUGUGUGUGUGUGUGUGUGUGUGUGUGUGUGUGUGUGUGUGUGUGUGUGUGUGUGUGUGUGUGUGUGUGGUGAGCAUGACCGUGUCGUUUCGUCUGAGUGUGUGUUUUGAGCAUGCACGUGUUUGUGUCCCCUAACACUGUCCGUCUCUAAUCUUCCUCUGUCUCUGUGUGAAUGUCUCUCCCGCGCCAUUAAUUAUGCCUGCAGCUGGCGUGUGUGUGAAUGUCUCCAUGAAAUAUGCCUUAAUAAUAGCACUGCUUUAUGAAUGUAUUCAUCCCCUCAGCUCUGCUCUGCAGCUUCCUGUACCAUCAGCAGCUGUUCUGCUUAGACACUCAGCACACUGACGUUGUUGAUGUUAUUCUGUCUUCAGUUCCACCCCCUCUGUCUUUCAAUUGUCUCACAUACUAAUGAGUUCAGCAGAGGGUCUGAACAGUUGCCAUGUACUCCUAUCUGUUUCAGUCCUUCCAUUCAGAGACAAGCUAUGUUUGUGUUGUAUUGAAGUGUAUUAGAAUAAUCAUGUGGGAUUUCUUUGCUCUCUCUUUUUCCACCAGCUCUGAUCAACCUGUUGAAAUUUCUGCUGUCCAAUGAGACCGUUCUGUUGGCCAAGCACAACAUCUUUCACCUGGCUCUGCUGGUGAGAACACACACACAUACAUUAAUAUCUAUCCCUAGCCCCUAACCCCUAGCCCCUAACCCCUAGCCCCUAACCCCUAGCCCCGAACCCCUAGCCCCUAACCCCUAGACCCUAACCCCUAGACCCUAACCCCUAGCCCCUAGCCCCUAACCCCUAGACCCUAACCCCUAGACCCUAACCCCUAGCCCCUAACCCCUAGCCCCUAACCCCUAGACCCUAACCCCUAGACCCUAGCCCCUAACCCCUAGACCCUAACCCCUAGCCCCUAACCCCUAACCCCUAGACCCUAACCCCUAGCCCCUAGCCCCUAACCCCUAACUCCUAGACCCUAACCCCUAGACCUUAACCCCUAGACCAGGCCCGUGGGUGGUUGGAGUAAUGUGUAUAUAAAAAGACUCCAGGCCACUCCAGGCCACUCUUGAACGUCUGAAACUAGGUAGAAAUGAUAGUGGACCUAAAUGUUUUAAAACAACUGCCCUUUUUCUGGCCUGCAAAUAGAUUUUGACGAACAAGUUGGUCACAAAAAAAAAUCUGUGCGGCCCUCUGUUGAAUUUCAAAAUGCCGUUGUGGCACUCAGGCUGAAAAGCUUUCCUCCCCUAGUCCCUCUAACACUAGACCGUUCUGUUGGCCCCUAGCCUCUAACACUAGACUGUUCUGUUGGCCCCUAGCCUCUAACACUAGACCGUUCUGUUGGCCCCUAGCCUCUAACACUAGACCGUUCUGUUGGCCCCUAGCCUCUAACACUAGACCGUUCUGUUGGCCCCUAGCCUCUAACACUAGACCGUUCUGUUGGCCCCUAGCCUCUAACACUAGACUGUUCUGUUGGCCCCUAGCCUCUACACUAGACCAGUUCUGUUGGCCCCUAGUCCCUCUAACACUAGACUGUUCUGUUGGCCCCUAGCCUCUAACACUAGACUGUUCUGUUGGCCCCUAGCCUCUAACACUCAGACUUUCUGUUGGCCCUCUAGCCCUAACAACCUAGCGUUCUUCCUGGCCCCUAGCCUCUAACACUAGACUGUUCUGUUGGCCCCUAGCCUCUAACACUAGACCGUUGUUGGCCUAGCCACACUGACCUUCUUUUUGGCCCCUAGCCUCAAACACUAGACCGUUCUGUUGGCCCCUAGCCUCAAACCCAACUGCUCUUGUCUGGGGGAACCCCCCCAAACACAAAUUUUAUCCUACCCUAUUCCAAACCCCCCCUAGCCUCAAACCCUAGCCUUCUGGGCCCCUAGCCUCUAACACUAGCCCGUUCUGUUGGCCCCACCUUCUCCUCCGUUCGGGUUGGCCCCUAGCCCCCUAAAAACCUAGCUACUCUGGCCCCUAGCCUCUAACACUAGACCUUUUGUUGGCCCCUAGCCUCUAACACUGGGACUUCUGUUGGCCCCUAGCCUCAACACUAGACCGUUCGGGUUGGCCCCUAGCCUCUACACUAGACCGUUCUGUUGGCCCCUAGCCUCUAACACUAGACGUUCUGUUGGCCCCUAGCCUCUAACACUAGACCGUUCUGUUGGCCCCUGGUCCCUAACACAACAUCUUUCACCUGGUCCUGCUGCUGAGAACACAUACACAGAUUUACACACACACCCUUCUGCUUGCUCAUCUUGUGUCCGUAUCUGUGUCCAUGUGUGUGUGCGUGUCUCUCUCUCUCUCUCUCUCUGUGUGUGUUUGUGUUUUAUACAGUAUUUGAAUGUGUUUAGAGAAAAUUAUAGAGAGAGUGGUGUCUCAAAGUUAGUGCUGAGCGAUGAGUGCUUUUUGAGGUCGGUUCGGUUUCGUUUAGAUUAUUACAAAAUAAUCACGGUUUACGAUUUUGAUGUCAUGAAAUAAUGACAUUAAAAUGAUUUUAGAACUUUUUAAUGGAAAUGCCAAAAAUAGUGAACAUUCAAUUGCCAAAACAUUCCAUUGUCUCUGUCAGGUCCACACUGGGUAGACAUCAAUAGAAAAAUAGGAAAUGGCUAUGAAAUAAUAACAUAUUUUUAGUUGUGUAUACUACCUAGUUUUUUAUUCGAUCGUCUCUGCUCAGGCAGUAGCAGUCAGCCAGCCAGCCAGUUAUCUCAGUGCUCACCGUACUUUAGUCUUCCUAAUUAGCUAGGUUAGCCUGCCUACUGUAAGGAUGCUGCAGAGCUGUCUGACUGAAUCAUUUUACUAAGGCAUGCUUCAAUGAACUGUCUCUAUACCUCUCUCUAGUCGUUGUGUACAUUCCUCUCUCAUGCGGUCUGGCGCAAUGGAUUAUGGUCAUUGUAGUUAAUUACCACGUUUUUGCUCUGAACUAGGUUGAAUAUUUGCUUACUGAAAACUACAACGCCCUUCAGCCCAGCAUCCCACAUAGUUCUUGAGAUGAUUUCUCUCAUGACUGAUUUGAUUUCUCUCUAGAGAAACGGCGUGUUUGGCUCUCCAAAAAAGCGAACUAAAUGGAAUUCAAGUAAUUGAACCGGCGUCAGUCAAUUAGUUGUAAAAAAAAAAAAAAAUGCUGGUUAAUCGCUCAGCACUACUCAAAGUGCUUAUGCAUUUCCUUUCUCUCUCUCUCUCUCACCCCCAGGUGGUGAAUCUGUUCAACAUGUUUAUAACAUAUGGAGAUACGUUCCUGCCCACCUCCAACAGUUAUGAUGAACUUUACUAUGAGAUCGUCAGGAUGCACCAGAUCUUUGACAACCUCUACUGCAUGGGUCAGUCUUUCUCUGUCUAUCUUCAACCUCUACUGCAUGGGUCAGUCUUUCUCUGUCUGUCUUCAACCUCUACUGCAUGGGUCAGUCUCUCUCUGUCUGUCUUCAACCUCUACUGCAUGGGUCAGUCCCCUCGUCAUCUUUACCUCUCUGGGUCAGCUCCCUUGUCUUCUUCAACCUUAAGCAUGGGUCGUCUCUCUUUUGUCUAUCUUCAACCUCUACUGCAUGGGUCAGUCUCUCUCUGUCUAUCUUCAACAUCUACUGCAUGGUCAGUCUCUCUCUGUCUUUCUUCAACCCCUACCCGCAUGGUCAUCUCUCUUCUGUUGUCUUCAACCUCUACUGCAUGGGUCAGUCUCUCUCUGUCUAUCUUCAACCUCUACUGCAUGGGUCAGUCUCUCUCUGUCUGUCUUCAACCUCUACUGCAUGGGUCAGUCUCUCUCUGUCUAUCUUCAACCUCUACUGCAUGGGUCAGUCUCUCUCUGUCUAUCUUCAACCUCUACUGCAUGGGUCAGUCUCUCUGUUUCUCCUCUGCAUGGUCAUCUCCUCGUCUAUCUUCAACUCUACUGCAUGGGUCAGUCUCUUUCUGUCUGUCUUCAACCUUUUACUGCCUGGGUCAGUUCUCUCUGGGCUUUCUCAACCCCCUACUGCAUGGGUCAGGGCUCUCUCUUUCUGUCUUCAACCUCUACUGCAUGGGUCAGUCUCUCUCUGUAUGCUUCAACCUCUACUGCAUGGGUCAGUCUCUCUCUGUCUGUCUUCAACCUCUACUGCAUGGGUAAGUCUCUGUCUGUCUGUCUUCAACCUCUACUGCAUGGGUCAGUCUCUCUCUGUCUAUCUUCAACCUCUACUGCAUUGGUCAGUCUCUCUCUCUCUGUUGCUUCAACCCUCUACGGGCAGGGGCUCUCUCUCUCUGUAUGUUUUCAACCUCUACUGCAUGGGUCAGUCUCUCUCUCUCUCUGUAUGUCUUCAACCUCUACUGCAUGGGUCAGUCUCUCUCUCUCUCACUGUGUCUAUGAAAAUGUAUGUACUCACUAACUGUAAGUGGCUCUGGAUAAGAGCGUCUGCUAAAUGACUAAAAUGUAAAACAUGUAAAAUGUCUUAAUGACUGUGUGUGUGUUUAUAAAUGUAUCCAGAUUACUGAAUGUGUGUUUCUUUAUAAGCGUAUCCAGAUUACUGAAUGUGUGUGUGUUUAUAAUCAUAUCCAGAUUACUGAAUGUGUGUGUGUGUACUUCUCUUCCUCACAGUUCUGAGAGUGUCCACCAACACUGGCCAGUGGAAGGAGCCUGCCAGUAAAGUCACACACUCACUGGUCAAUGUCAGGUAAGGACACACACACACACACACACACACACACACACACACACACACACUAGUUGUAGAGAGCACUUGCACACGGAGAGAGAGAAAGGGGUGAAGAUUGGGUAAUGAGAGGGAGGGAUGGAGAUGAAAGUCAGAUGGACAGAGCUUGUUAAAAGAGUAAGAGAGAGAUUCAGAGAGAGUUGAGAUGGAUCAGAGUCCUCUCAAUAGUAACAUUAUUGAUCCAGUGAAGGACGAGAAGAAGGCAAAGAAGAGAGGGAAUAAUGGUUGCCACUUGGGAUCUCUCUACUCUCUCUAAUCUCUACUCUCUCUACUUUUUCCCACCUCUCUAUUAGCUCUCUACUUCUCUUACUCUCUCUAAUCUCUCUAAUCUCUACUCUCUACUCUAUCUAAUCUCUACCUUCCGUACUCUCUACUCUCUCUACUUCUCUACUCUCUCUCCUCUCUCUAAUCUCUACUCUACUCUCUCUAAUCUCUCUAAUCUCUACUCUCUCUAAUCUCUAUUUUCUAUACUCUCUCUACUCUCUCUAAUCUCUACUCUCUCUAAUCUAUAUUAUCUCUACUCUACUCUCUCUACUCUUUUCUCUAUCUCUAAUCUCUACUCUCUCUACUCUCGCUAAUCUCUACUCUCUACUCUACUCUCUCUAAUCUCUACUCUAAUCUCUAAUCUCUCAACUCUCUCUAUUCUCUACUCUCUAUACUCUCUACUCUAAUUUCUCUAAUCUCUACUCUCUCUACUCUACUCUCUCUACUCUAUACUCUACGCUCUACUCUCUACUCUCGCUACUCUCUCUAAUCUCUACUCUCUAUACUCUCUCUCCUCUCUAAUCUCUACUCUCUCUACUCUCUCUAAUCUCUACUCUCUCUAAUCCCCUGACUCUCUACUUUUCUCUAAUCUCUACUUCUUUCUACUCUCCUAAUCUUACUCUCUCAAUCUCUACUCUCUACUUCUCUAUCUCUCUCAUCUCUACUCUCUACUCUCUCUCCUCUCUCUAAUCUCUCUCUAACUCUCUCUAUCUCUCUCACUCUCUCUCUCUUCUCUAUUCUCUCUCUCCUCUCUCUAAUCUCUACUCUCUCUACUCUCUCUAAUCUCUAUUUUCUCUACUCUCUCUCUCUCUCUCUCUAAUCUCCUCUCUCUACUCUACUCUCUCAACUCUCUCUACUCUCUCUAAUCUCUCUACUAUCUACACUUCUACUCUCUAAUCUAUCUCUACUCUCUAAUCUCCUCUACUCUCUAAUCUCUCCUCUCUACUCUCUCUACUCUCUCUACUUGCUAUUCUCUACUCUCUACUCUCCCACUCUCUCUAAUCCUCUCUACUCUCUACUCUCUCUAAUCUCUACUCUCUCUACUCCCUCUAUCUCUACCCCUCUAUCCUACCUCUACUUCUCUACUCUCUCGCUCUACUCUCUACUCCUCUACUCACUCUAUCUCUCUACUCUACUCUCUCUAUCUACUCUCAAUCUCUACUCCUCUCUACUCUCUGCUCUCUACUGAUCCUCUAUCAUACUCUCUCUACUCCUCUCUCUCUCUCUCUCACUCUCUCUCCUCACUCCUACCUACUCUCUCUACUCUCUCUAAUCUCUACGCUACUCUCUCUACUCUCUAUCUCUAACUCUCCUCUCUAACUCUCUUUUACUAUCUAUCUCUCUACUCUCUCUCCUCUACCCACUCUCUCCUCUCUCCUCUACUCCCCUACUCUCUACUGUAUUACUCUACUCUCUACCUCUCUCUACUCUACUCUUCUCUAUCUCUAAUCUAUACUCUCUCUAACCCUUUCUUACUUACUCUCUAUACUACUCUCUCUACUCUCUCUCUCUAAUCUGCUCUCUAUACUUCUCUACUCUCCUUCUACUUCACUACUCUCUCUACCUCUACUCUCUCUACUCUCUCUCCUCUCUACUCCUCUCUAACUCUACUCCUCGCUACCUCCUCUAUCCUCUCUCUCGCUCUACUCUCUACUCUCUCUAUCCUCUCUUCCUCUCUCUCUAAACUCUCUAUCUCCUCUUACUCAUCUCCUCUCCUUCUACUCCUACUCUCUAUUCUCUCUAUCUAUACUCUCUCACUCCUCUAAUAUCUACUCUCUUUUAACUCUCUCUACUCUCUACUCUCUCCUACCCGUCUCCUCUCUCUUCUCUCUCUACUCUCUCUUUCUCUACUCUCUUCUAACUUACUCUUCCUCUCUACUCUCUCCUUCCUCUUUACUCUCUCUCCUCUCUCUAAUCUCUACUCUCCUCUUCUUUCUCUCUAUUACUCUCUACUCCUCCUACUCUCUCUACUUCCUCGCUCUCUCUAAUCUUCUAUCUCUCCUCUCUCUCUAAUACCUACUCUCUCUCUUCUACUACUCUCUCUAUCGCUAUUCUCUCUACUCCUCACUCUCCUCUUUACUCUACUCUCUUAAUCCUACUUUUACUCUCCUCUCUACUCUACCACUCUCUCUCUCUACUCGCUACCUCUCUAUCUCUACUUUUAUACUCUCUCUUCUCUACCUCAUUACCGUCUCUAAUCUCUCUUCUCUCUCCACUCUCUCUCCUCUCUCUAUUCUCUUCUCUCUCCUAAUCUCUCUCUAUACUCUCUCUAUCUCUCUCUCCCUAUUUCUCUCUACCUCUCUCUCUCCACUCUCUCUCUCUCUCUACUCUCUCUCUCUCUACUCUCUCCAUCUCUCUACCAUCCCUAUCUCCUCCUCUCUCUUCUCUAAUCUCCUAUCUCUACCCUACUCUCUCGAAUCCUCUAAUUCCCUCUCUCUACUUUUUCUACUCUGUUUAAUCUCUCUACUCUCUACUAUCUCUCUACUCUCUCUCCAUCCUUACCCAUUUCCCCUUCCCCUUGUUCCUUCUCUCUCUCAUUCUUAUUUUUCUCUCAGUGUCUCUUAUCAUCUUUGUCCCUUCUCCUGUUUAUCUCUUCUCCUUCCUCUGGUCUCCCUUCUCUCUCUCUUCCUCUAUACCUACCUCCUUCCCUAUCUCCCUCUCCCUCCCCUGGUCAACCCCUUGCUCUCUUCCCUCUACCCCCCUCCUUCCCUAGUCUCCCUCCUUCCCCUGGUCUCCCUCUCUUUUCCUCUGGUCUCCCUCUCUCUCUUCCCCUGGUCUCCCGGUCUCCCUCUCUCUCUACCUCUACCCCUUCCCCCUCCUCCUUCCCCUGGUCUCCCUGGUCCAUAGGGAAGGUUCAUCUCUCUAGUUUCCCUGGUCUAUAAGGAGGUGGAGGGUGAGAGAUUCUAUUCUAGGGUCUUCAUGGGACCUUAUAGAGUAGCAGCCGUACUACUGUAGGACAAUAGGUGGCUAUCAAUAAGACUAUCAUUAGAAAUCCCUCCACCACUGAUUCCAGCCCAUGUUGUUAACACCGUAUGUCAUUAGGCCAGUGUAAUAAUUGACAUUGAUUAGGAGAGCAGCCAUUGUUAGGCAUAUAAGAACUGAAUAUUUUAUUGUCCUAAAUAACCAAUAAGAUGGGAAGGGGUCUUGUGUGUGUGUGUGUGUGUGUGUGUGUGUGUGUGUAAGUGUGUGAGAUCUUCCUUCGUAUACAAGGGUAGUUCUAGACAUAGUAAAUGCAUGAGGGCUCAAAGGAGUGAGAGCUGUGACUGUCAGUGUUCAUUAGUUUGGGCACCUCUCUAUCUCUCUCUCUCCUUUCUCUCCUCUCUCUCUCCUCUCCCUCUCUCUCUCUCAUCUCUCUCUCUCCAUCUCUCUCCCCCUUCCCUAGUUCAGAAUACCUAAUAUAUGCUGCAGUGUUGGUCCCAUCCAGUUUUAUAUUUCUUCAUUUUAUAAAUAUAUUGAAAGAUUAAACAUAGUUACAUCACAGCAAUGGAGCGUCUCUAUAAAAUUCUGUGAUUUACGUAUUACUACCCUCUCUCUGACCAAUGCUUCAACUAAUUGUUUGUGUGUGUGUGUGUUUCAGGGCCAUUAUCAACCAUUUCAACCCCAAGAUUGAGUCGUACGCUGCAGUGAACCACAUCUCCCAGCUGUCUGAGGACCAGGUAAACAUGCCUCUUAUGAUGUCACCACAACCCCUUAUGAUGUCACCACAACCCCUUAUGAUGUCACAGCACACUCUAUUAUGAGUGUGCUGUGACAUAUAAUAUAACAUCUACUUACCUUGUGAAAUAAGGGAUAAAUAAAUAAAUGAGGUCACAACAUGCCUGCUUGUGAUAUCAUAAUGGCCCAACAGUGUUUAAAUUCAGACUGAGGCUCUUUAUGACAUCACAAUGGAACACAUCCCUUGAAACAGUGUUCGCAUUGCACCGGGAGAUGGGCUUUUAACCACACUCCAUCAAGCAGCAUUUAAUGAGAGGAGAGAAAAACAAAUGGACAGAAAAGGGCUGAGAGGAAAGAAAGGGAAAAGGUUUUGGAGUAUAUAUGCUUUAUUUACCAGCUGAUAAGCACAGUGAUGGAUUCUGUCAUUACACAGAGAUAGAGAGAGAAAUAUUCUGGCAUUACACACCCCAAUUACCUCUCAGCUGAUAUCUCCCAGAUUUAUUCCCAACAAGAAGAGAAUACGUUUAAAUGAAAUGACGUCAAUGCACAGUUUGACCUUUAGAUGAGAUUUGAAUUUCCCCAUUAGAAGUGACUGUAAUGUAAAGUUGUAGGUUGGCUGAGUCCCAAACGGUAAAAGUAGUGCACUACAUACGAAAUAGGGAGCCAUUUGGGACUCAAGCCGUAGUUUCCUUCCUCAUUAGAAGUGUGUGUAAAGUUUUCUCUCCAGACUGCCAGGUGAAGUUGUAUAGGUGUGGUGCUGCUGGCUGUAGUGGUACUGAACCCUUUACAGCCUUCUGACUGAGGGAAAUGGGCCGUGUAUACACGCACACACCACACACACACACACACACACACACACACACACACACACACACACACACACACACGGUUUGUUGGCACAGGAGUGUACAGGUGUGUUCAUUAGCCUUUGCUAGCCUGUCUGAUUGAGCCAGGUGGUACUGCAGUAGGGACAGCCUACAGAUGGUAACCUCACAGCUGACACACACACACACACACACACACUCACAAACAAACACAGACAGACAGACAGACACAGACAGACAGACACACACACAAACACACAGACACAAACACACUCACACACAGACUGUCAGCUUUAAUGGGGGUAUUUUCAUCCAUAUCGGGUGGACACACACACACACACACACACACACACAGACACACACACACAGACACUUUUGGUACUUAAAAGUGUACUUUUGGUCUCCUAAAAUGGUGGGACUAUGUACAAAAAGUGCUGUAAUUUCUAAACGGUUCACCCGAUAUGGAUGAAAAUACCCUCAAAUUAAAGCUGACAGUCUGCACUUAAAUCCAAAGUGCUGGAAUACAGAGCCAAAACAACAAAAAAUGUGUCACUGUCACAAUCCCUUUGGAGCCCCGAUAUGGAGAAUGGAUUGCCAUGAAGAAAAAAUUUUUCUAUCCCCUAUGAUCUUUUUUUAUCUGUCUCUCUCCUCUUAUCUCCUCUUUCUUUUCCUGCUCAAUCCUCGGGCUGCGCUGGGGGCGCGCGAGGCACUCCGCGGGGAGCGCACGGCGGCCGCUCUCCCUUCCCCUUCCUUUCUCUGCUCUCUAUAUCCCAUCCAACCCGCCACUUCUCUCUGCGAUCGAUCUUCUAUCUAUCAUCGAUCUAUCAUCUAUCUAUCUAUCUAUCGAUCUAUCAUCUAUCUUUUCUAUAUAUCUAUUAAUCAUCGAAUCUAUUCUAAUCUAUCUAAAUCUAUCUAUCUAUCUAUCUACCCUUUCCCCCCACUGGUAAAUUUUGAUAAACACAUGCUUCUUAUCUCCCUCCCUUCUCCAUAAGAGGAUGACAAACCAACACUCCAAAUUAAUCUCAGUGUUCUCGUUUAGGAGAAGAAGAGAAGGGGAGGGAAGGGUAUGAAAAUAGGGGAAAGGGGUUGAAAAAAUAGAGAGGAAAAAGAGGGAAAGAGAAGAGAUAAAAAUUUCCCUGGUGGAAACAAGGGCAAAGAAAAAACCAAAGCUCCCUGGGUUAAAUUUCAUUGGAAAGAAGGAAAAACAUUUUUCCGGGGUUUUUUUGGAAAUUUUGUUUGGAAAAAGUUUUGUGGGCGUCUCCUGGGUUAGAUUAAAAUUUUUCCUUUCUUUUUUUAAAUUUUUCCCCCCCCCCCCUCUCCCAAAGACCCGGGGAAACCUUCCGGGCCUGGGUAAAGGGGAAAAAGGGCAGGCCUAGCGGGAACCCCCCGGCCCCCGCACAAAAAGGGGGCCCGGGGAACCCGCCGGGAAAACCCCGCGGCCCCCCCCACCAAACCCCAUCACACGCGGCCCCACAAGGCCCCCCCCGCGCCAGCCCCCGGCGCACAAGGGAGGCCAACAAAGGGGCCCCCGCGCCCAACCCCAAACGACCCCCUGGCCGAUCAACCCCCUAGGGCCCAAAAUUUAGGUUUUCCCCAAAAAAGCCCCGGGUCCCGGGCCCCCCAAGGUACGGUAAGCUCUUUCUAGCCAAACCAUUUCCUCUCCCCCGGCCCCUAAUUGCCCUCAAAUUUCGGGCCCAUACCCCUGAAUUUUUCCAGCCUCUCGGGUCUUCAGCGCAUACAAAUUUUUCCCUUUUUCUCAUUUUCUUUCUACACUCUCAAAUCUUUCCCCUAUUUUCUCCCAAAAUUUUUCCUCAAAUCCCCUUUUCCCCAUAAGGGCUCCUAAAAGGUGGGGGUCUACCCUUAAAAACCUAAAGGAGGUUGAAAUUGGUAAAGAAAUGGGAAAAAACAGGGACCCUAAAGAUGAAAAGGAAAUUGGUUACUUCCCCAUCCUCAUCCCCCCCAAAAGGGGGGGGGGGCCAAACGGGGGGGGAAAAGGGAGGGAAGGGGAAAAAGCCCGGCGAAAAAAGGGCGCGGGGGGCCCCCCAAGGGGGGGAAAGGGGCCCCAACCCGGGGGGGGCGAGGAAAACGGGGGGGGAGGGGCCCCCCCAGGGGCCCCCCGGCGCGGCCCAGGGAGCCGAAAGCCGGGAGCCCGGAUGCAUGGGAAAACGGCCGCCAAAGGCGCCCCCAUCCCGCCGCCAGCAUACCAAGCCACCCUUUUUCCCCAAUCGGAGCACUUCCCAAACCCCACCACACCUUCUAACAAUCAAAUUCAAGCGUUAUGGCAUGAAAAAAACCCGUCAAUAUUGAAAACCCCCACAAAGCCCAAAAGGGCUUGAAACAUCGGGUCCCUCGAAAUUAUGGGGAUUUAUCUCUCCAGUUCUGACCCUAAGGGCGGGCAUCGAGAACGGUAAGGGGCCACUCCCCGUCUACCCUCAUAAAACUCCCCAAAGCAUGCACCAAAACAGAAAACCCCCAAAAACGUAAUCCCACCGCUACUGCUUUUAAAUUUGGCUCUCUGGUAUUCCCCCUACUUUCUCUCUCUCUUCAUCUCUCUCUCUCACACACAUAAUUACAUUAUUUCAAAAUGUCCCCUCCUCCCCCUCUAGGUAUUGGAGGUGGUUCGGUCCAACUAUGACACGUUGACCCUGAAGCUGCAGGAUGGUCUGGACCAGUUUGAGAGAUACUCUGAACAACCCAAGGAGGCUGCCUUCUUUAAAGAACUGGUGAGAAGGAACAGUGUAAACACACAGUCAGUACAUGGGACGUGA